AAGAUGCAAUUGGUUCUUCGGUUGUCGCAGUUCAAUGACGUAUGUGAUUCAAUGACCGUGAGCUGUGUGACAUGAGUGUAAAGGCACUACACUACUCAAACCUCUAAAAUUAUGAAUUCGUCUGGUUUCGUGUGUUUUUUGAGACGUUCGUUGUUACAGCUGGAAUGCAGAAUUAUACAGGCUACAGGACUUGACAGACAGUUUGCCCCAGCUCUAGCUGUCCAUGGGCCCAGCAUCCUCCCACAUCCCCACGAUGAGCAAGAGGUGACCUCGGAGCCCAGCUUCCUGGACAAUGUGUUCUGGAUGGCAGCACCCAAAAAGAGACGCACAAUAGAAAUCAACAGGACCAGAAGACGAGACCCAAGCUUUAUGCUCAAAGUUAAGACCAACAUUGAGCCGUGCGUGGAGUGUGGCCACCUGAAGCAGAAGCAUAUUCUGUGUGGGUUCUGUUAUGAGAAGAUCAGGAAGGAGACAGCGCUGAUCCGAGGUCAGAUUAAAGCCAUGGAGGGCAGGCCUCUCAACACACCAGCGCAGGAGACCCUGGUCCUGUAUGACAGCGAGAGUCCAUGGGAGUCCGACAAAGACAAGAGGAUAGUGGAGAGAAACAGAAAACGACCCUCCUGGUUCAGUAUCUAUUGAGGUAGCAUUUAGUCACACCAGUAAUUAGGUUGCUAAUAUCCCAGUUUCUGUAUUGAAGUAAAUGCAUUGAUUAAAAAAUUAAAAAACAGCA